ACCCUUUCUGUCUCCUUAGCGACACAAGCAUUUUCCAGGCUGCUUGGACAGAAUCUGCUUCAUUGAACACCAUGGCAAAAACUGGAGGAAAAGGAGUGAAUCUGAAGGACAAACUGGAAGGCAACGAGUUGGAUUUAAGUUUGUGUGACUUGAACGAGGUGCCAGUUAAGGAGCUGGCAGGGCUUCCAAAGGCUACUGUUUUGGACCUGUCCUGUAACAACCUCACCUGUUUACCAUCAGACUUCUGCAGUUUGACCCACUUGGUGAAAUUGGACCUGAGUAAAAAUCAGCUUCAGCAGCUGCCCUCGGACUUUGGUCGUUUGGUUAACUUGCAACACCUGGACCUUCUGAACAAUCGAUUAGUUACCUUGCCGGUCAGUUUUGCACAACUCAAGAACCUGAAGUGGCUGGAUCUGAAGGACAACCCACUAGAUCCCACACUGGCUAAGGUAGCUGGAGAUUGCUUGGAUGAAAAGCAGUGUAAGCAGGCUGCUGUUAGGGUUCUGCAGUACAUGAAGUCUAUCCAGUCUGAGCUGGAUCGUGAGAGGCAACGAAAAUUACAGGCAGAACGAGAACUGGAGAAGAAACGCGAAGCGGAGCAACGAGCAAGGGAGGCCCAAGAGCGGGAACUGCGGAAGAGGGAAAAAGCAGAAGAGAAGGAACGCAGGAGAAGGGAGUACGAUGCUCAGAAAGCGGCAAAGCAGGAAAUGGAUAAACAUAAAAAGAAAGAAAAUGGUGAGAAUCCAAAACUCUCGGUUUCCCGUUCCUCGAAGCAACCGGAAAACAAACGUUCGUGGACUGGAAUCCUGCUGAAGAUGCUGCUGUUCCUGCUGCUGUGCGCCCUCAGUACUUUGGCUAUUUGCAAGGUUACGGAUCUGCAGCACAAAUCUGUGUGCGUCAGUGUGAACGUGCUCUAUGAAGAUGCAGUCACCAUUUUGCAAAGCCACAGAAUCAUGCGGAAUGUCCUGCAGCCUAACUCCCAGCAGUAACCAUGUUGGCUCAACCCUGAACAACUCUUCCACUGUCAGCAUCUCUUUCAACUGUUUCGAUAUCAGCACAGCUGGGAUUCCUAUGGAAUCGUGCUCUGGUGAAAAUGGCCUUUAGUCAUUCAGCAUUGGCUUCGGUGACUCCCUCAAACAGAACAGAAUCACUGCCCGGUUCUCUUUCCUUGCAGCUGCUGUGGCUAAUUAGAAGUUGCUAUUUCCUUUCUCUGGCCUACAGAAAAAACAAGGAGGGCCUUUAUGCCUAACUAGUCUUGUUCUGUGAGGAUACACAUUUGUCAUCUUUUAGGAAAAUUUUGUAUACGAAGUUGUUAAUGCUGUAUUGCUAUAGGGAACAAACACUAUGUCGGAUGGCUGAGUUACCCAUACAUCAAUAUAUAUAUUGAUACUCAUAAGCUUGGUGUAUGAAUCAUAAAACUUGCUUAUUAUUCAGCUGUUAAACAAGCUAGGGAAACCAAGUUGUGCAGGCAGCUUUCUCAGUCAAACUUUACUAAGCGCUUAGCAGUUUUUAGCCAUACUUAAAACUGCUGUUAGGUAUCUAUGAAAGAUGCUUUCCACUAAGCAGAAUUAACUAGGAUGCAAAUCCCAUUGAACCUAGUGAGAUCUCAGGUAAAACUAACAUGCAUAGGAUUUGAACACGCAAGCCCAAAGAGAGAGCUAGCUGGGAAGCAGCAUAAGGGAGACAGUGAUAUUUGUGUUAUCAAAUUAAGCCACUACAUACCCUCAAAGACUUAGCUCAAAACAAUCCCAUUCCUGCUCUAAAUUGUUGUUAUGUGAAUUCCAUAAUCCACUGUGCCUUGAAGUAUGAUCAAACUUCUAAAUCCAAUAUGCACAGAUUAGAGGUUGGGCUUUUUGCAAACAAGAAUGUGCAAUUUAAGACAUAUAACCUCUGGAAGGAAAGGAGAAUAUUCUUCCAGUUCAGUGAAUGGGCCGCUCUACACCGCAACAAGAAUAUGUGAAGACAAGACUUCCACUAUUCUGCUUUGAGGUUAACAUUCACAGUGCAUGAUAGCCGUUUACUGCUCAUGGGUUAUGGCUAACAGUCGCUUUGCGAGACUGUCACCAUUCACCUCACACAUGAAAGUAAGUUUUCGAUUAGUUGCAGUGGAUUUGAGAUUGUUGGUUGAGAAGACAUCUGUAAGCAGGGCUUCACUUCUCCUUUCCAGGUUCUGAGCAGCUUUUAUGUUUUCAAAAGUGUUUAAUGUUCCCUCGCCCCAGUAAUAAAACAAAGAGUUUGUACACAGA